UUCGCGGUAAGAUUGCCGAAUCUUCAGGCGUUUGAUGUUUCCAGUGGCCGCAGCGAUCAGAAUCCAUCCAGGACAAGCAGGGCCGGAUGAUUCUACACUACGACGACAUGACCGACAGCAGCUGCCUAGUGAAGAUCAUUUCGGCCGUCCGCCCGACGGAGAUCUACAACCUGGCCGCGCAAAGUCACGUCAAGGUUUCGUUCGACCUGAGCGGAUACACGGCCGAAGUGGACGCCGUGGGGACGCUCCGGCUGCUGGAUGUCAUCCGGACGUGCGGGUUGGAGAAGUCGGUCAAGUUUUACCAGACUAGUUCGUUGGAACUGCACGGGAAGGUCCUCGAGACGCCGCAGAACGAAAAAAAACUCCGUUUAACCACGAAUCGUCUAGGCGCGGGGAAAACUUCGUAUCCCGCAAGAUCACAAGAACGGUGGCGAAGAUCUUCCUCGGUCAGCUGAUCUGACUGGAGCUGGGCAACCUCGACUUCAAACGUGACUGGGGCCACGCCCGGGCGAUCAUCCGUUGGCCGUUGGCUGGAGACGGACGACGACGUCGUGACUAAAUUAAACUCGUUGACACGGUUCCACCGGCCACGGUAAAAUGCAUGGUAAAUCCAUGCCACUGGAAGAGGGUGACCGGUUAAGAACCUGAUCAAGGUCGAUGAAAUUAAGUCCUACGCUUCGAUCCAGAGCUGCCGAUCUCGCAUCGCCAAGGAGGACUCUCCCCAGAUGUAUCAAGCAUGGGUCCCGAUAACACGGUACUCGAUUUGAGUCUGUUGUUACAGAGUAGACGUUUUCGGAAUGGCCGUCUUGAAGCUACCGGAUAAUCAGAACUCCGUCUGGGCCGUCGAGAAACGCGCGGACGUUCGACGCGUUCUUCGUUUUGACCUUCAUGGACGGUGCUGAGCACCGGAGACACAGACAGUGGUGCCGUCCGAGUGAC